CGCCUGACCUUUGUCCCUCUGCCCCACAGGUGCCAGUGUCUGAGUCUCUCGGUGUAUGUGUGGUAACAACAUGUCUGUCCCCCUCCUCGCUGAUGCAGUGACUGUCUCAGGGGCAGAGCGGGAGACUGCCGCGGUCAUUUUUUUACAUGGCCUUGGAGACACAGGACACAGUUGGGCUGAAGCGCUCUCCUCCAUCCGCCUCCCCUACGUGAAGUACAUUUGCCCUCAUGCACCCCGGAUCCCAGUAACCCUCAACAUGAAGAUGGUCAUGCCUUCCUGGUUUGACCUGAUGGGCUUGACUCCAGAUGCACCUGAAGAUGAAGCUGGAAUCAAGAAGGCUGCAGAGAGCAUUAAAGCAAUUAUCGAGCACGAGAUGAAAAAUGGAAUCCCACCCAACCGAAUCAUCCUGGGAGGCUUCUCACAGGGCGGUGCCUUGUCACUGUACACGGCUCUCACCUGCCAGCACCAGCUGGCUGGCAUCGUGGCGCUCAGCUGCUGGCUCCCGCUGCACAAGGCCUUCCCACAGGCAGCGAGUAACGGUGUGAACAAGGACAUUGCCAUCCUGCAGUGUCAUGGGGAGAUGGAUCCUAUGAUCCCUGUCCGCUUCGGGGCCCUCACUGCUGAGAAGCUGAAAUCAGUUGUCACCCCUGCCAAGGUCCAGUUCAAAACCUACCCUGGUGUGAUGCACAAUUCCUGUCCUCAGGAGAUGAUGGCGGUGAAGGAGUUCAUUGAGAAGCUGCUGCCCCGGAUUUAAGGAGAGCCAGUUGAGACUGUCGCAGGGAAGGAUGCCGAGGUUGCAGCUGCCAAUCUUUGCCCUGUGACCCGUCUGCUGCAAACGGAAGCCAUGGCACCCACCCUUGCCUCCCACCACAGUCUGGCCCCCGCCUCUUCCCAUCUCCUUGCGCUGCCUCCUCUCUGCUGGGGGUGCCCUGCCCCCCUGCUGCUCUCAGAGUUGAGUCGGAGCUCUCUAAGGCGAGCCUUGAGAUGCCUUUUCUCUCACUCUGAGCAGUUUCCAUGGGGACCACCAUUCCCUCAAUUUCCCAUUCAGGCACUGCAGUGUGUGGGGCUGGCGUGGGGCAAGCCAGUUGUUUUUGUUCUUUGUUUCUUCCGUAACAGUGUUAGGGGUGGGACAUGCCUGGUGCAACAGGAGGAAGGAGUGGGGCGGGCACAGGACAGGGCCUCAUAGCUGCUCUCGGCCUCUACUCAGGCGACUCACGGGUUUUCAGUCAGAGCUCAGGAACCCGGGACUCUCCUGCAGAUGCCUCAAGGGCCGGGGAGAGGCUCUGCUCUGGGUUGGUACUGUCAAAGGCUGCCCCAACCCCAGGGGCUGGCAGAGCGACAGCUGUGCAGCUUCCACACCUCUGCAUGGGGCUGUGGCCCCUGCCCUGUCGCACACGCACACUCCCAUGGGCUAGCAGCAGCUCUGUCCUACAGAUAAUCACCUCCUUCGUCCUCCUCCUGUCUUUGCUUUUACAAUCUCCUCUUCAGCUCUGGUUGGGGGCCCAGAGGGGUCUCACCCUCCAUCAGCCCAGCUCUGCAUCCAGGUGCUGCUGUUUACAGCUGGCUGCUUAGCACUUCUGCCACAAAGCCUGCCCUGUGCUGGAUGGGUCCUUAAUGUCUCUUGCUGCUACUUCUCCUUCCCUUUGGACCUGGGCUGGCUCAGGGAGGUGGGGAGUGGGAUGAGGCAUCCUGGCCCUGGCUGACAUGGUUGGAGGCAACAGGUUGGCUCCCAGUCGUUAUCUCACCAGCAUCUGAUGCCUGGGAGCUGCUGUGCUGGUUCUGCGGGGCAGCAUGGGGUCUCUAUGCUGCCUGGGUCUGGGUGAAGGGUGGAGGCCAUGUUGGCCUUUCAGUGUACAAUCACAGGCUGGCCAGGACUGGCACCGUGCCCCUCACCCAGCUGGCUGCAGCUGAGGCUGUGCCUCUCCCUGGCCUGGAAGAGCACAGCCCAGAGCUGCUCCCUACACCCCAGUCACCUCCUUCACCUGCCGCAGGUGGGCUCCCGUCACCCUCUCCCCUCCUGCAAGGCUACGGGCAGAGGCUGUUGAGCAGUGCUGCCCUUCUCACCUCCCUGGGCUGAGCCCGCAGUACUGCUGGGCCUGCUGGGCUGGAGCUGUCAUUGUCUUCUUUAAAAAAAACAAAACAAAAAACCCCAAACCAACCUGUCUGGGCCACGGGGUGCGGCUCCUUCCCCUGUGUACUGCCUCUGUGGGUCUGUUCUGUUCUCGCCCUGCACAGCCCCGCUUGGUGCCUGCAGCUGUGCCCAGGGGCUGUGUGGGGCAGAGGAAACCUCGUUGCAGUCCUGGGGAUGUGCAAAGCAAUAACCCGCUUACUGGAGAGUCGGGUCUGUGAGACCCAUCCUUGGUUUUUUGGGUUGUGUUGGGCUUUCUGUUUUUUUCCUUUAGAAAGUCUUAAACCAGCAAACACACUGCUGGCAUGAGGGGAGCCCAGCUCUUCCCCUUGCUUGGGGUUAUGUCCCGCUGUUUCUUCUGCUUGGUGUGUUUAAAACUGCUGCAGCCUGUCCCCCCUGCUCUCGACAAGAGGAGGGGUGUGAGGCUCGGGGGUAGGCAGCCCAAUCUCAGCUGUGAACUGGAACUGGGUGCAUGGUGGGGCCAGCAGGGGCUGCGGACCCGUGGCUAUCCUCAGGCACGGCUCUCUAGUGCAUUCCCUGCUCCCAGGGAGCAGCACAUCCUAAGCUGGGGCCGUGCUGAGGAUCCAGGGAAGGAGAAUGGCUUCUCUCCAUUCCUCAAAACACCUUUUUGUUGUUAGGGUUUUUUGUUUUUUUCCUUUUUUUCCCCUUCUUCUUUUCCCCUCUAUUUUGUCUUCCUUGUCUGGGGUCUCUUUGUGUGUGUGUGGUCCACAGAGUCAGAUACAAGGUAAAUAAAUCAUAAACCUCUCCCAGCUGA